AUGGAGCUGAAGCGAAUGCAUUGGUCGAAGAUGCCGAUGCUCAACGCUUCGCAGAUCGUUUGCGGAUCAGAUCGGAUCGGUGAGGUUAGUUUUUACGCCCCAACGCUGAUCCUCUCUAACAGACGGUUGGUUCAUUUAUCGAGGCAGCAGCUGGACGACGACGACGACGAGGACGAGGAACGUGACUUGUUUCGUUUCAGUCGUCAUGUGCGAAGGUCAUCCAUCGGUCGCCGUGCGGCAACGGAAAAUGUCACAAGGCGGGUGACGAGAAAAUCGUCAAGAGCAAAAACCGCCAACUGCUACAUGCACCUGUUGCGCUAG